AUGCAUAGAAGCUUCCCAAUUCUCCCACCGGAAAUCCUCCUCCUCAUAGCCCGACUCUUAGGCCCGUGGGACUUGAUCAACCUUGCCCGGGCCAUCCCAGGCAUGGAGCGCCUAUACAAACCGAAAUAUUGGGUGCCGAUCAAGGAUGAAGCAGGCGAUACGGUGUUACAUAAAUCCGCUACAAAUGGAUGCAUUGAUAUCAUUGAGUCCUUGCUCUCCAAGGAUUUCGACCUCGCCAUACAGAAUCACCGAGGAUAUACCGGUCUGCACUGUGCAUGUCAAGGUGGCGAAUAUAACAUCGCACGGCUACUGCUAGAUGCUGGUCUUGGUCCAAAUAUUUCCGCACAGGGUGGCAUAACGGCACUCAAUCUGGCUGUUCAUGGACAGGCGGUGCAGCUAGUUCGACUUUUGCUCGAAAAUGGGGCCGAUCUAUCUGUGCGCACUGCAGGUGAUUAUUCCAUUCUUCACUGGUCAGCUUUGAUUCAAGACCCGGAUAUCACCAAUAUACUUCUCAGUGGAGGGGCAGAUUUGACAAAAGAGGAUAUGUUUGGGCGUACGCCUUUACAUUGGGCGGCGGCAGAAGGCAAUGUGGACGUCGUGAUGCUACUCUUGAAAGCUGGUUCUAAUCCCUUCUCGAAUGAUCACGAUGGGAAUACUGCUGCAGAUAUAGCAGAACAGCAGGGAUUUCUAUCAAUAUCCAAGAGAAUACUAAGAAACUCUCGGUCACCUCCAAGCUCUCUGUAUACUUUUCAAGAUGUCUUGAGUCUCAUGAGAAGGGCCCUCGGAUGGGUAUAG